AUGAGCUCCUUAGUCUUUGUGGUGUCCUCUCUCGAGGCCAUCGCCGCAUCCAAAGAAGCACAGAGGAAUAAACAGCUCGCCGAACUUACCGAGAAGGCCCUCAAGGCUAUUAAGGAAGAGGGAACUCAGCUGCCUGACCCUCAUGUCGUCUUCGCGCCCUUACAGUUAGCUACUAAAACUGGAAGUAGUCAAUUGAUCAAUACCGCCCUCGACUGCAUACAAAAACUUACGUCUUCCUCUUACUUCUCCGUAAACAUCGCCACGGAUAGCGCGCAGGAGGAUGGCACGGAGCAGCCUACUAUGAUAGAUCGUGCUAUCGAUACGAUAUGCGACUGUUUUCAAGGAGAGACCACGCCCGUUGAUGUCCAGCGACAUAUCGUCCAAGCCCUGUUAGCCGCCGUGUUGAACGACAAGAUCGUCGUGCAUGGAGCCGGGUUGCUGAAGGCUGUGCGCCAGGUAUAUAAUGUCUUUUUACUGUCGCGAAUUCCAGAAAAUCAGCAAGCCGCGCAAGGAACCUUAACCCAGAUGGUUGGUAUGGUAUUCGAGCGGGUCAAGACGAGACUACAUAUGAAGGAAGCUCGCAUUAAUCUAGGAACGUUGAAGAACAGCUCUAGCAAUGUCACCUUCGAACAAGCAGAGUCCGUCGCCAAUGGAAAUAACGUUGCCCCCGAAGAAGAACAGGAGACACCCGAUGGCAUGACUACCGAAGGCCUACCUGAACUCGCACGUUCUCAGUCGACGAACGAAGGCGGGCCGAAGUUGACCUUAAAGGACCUCGAGCACCGAAAGAGUUUUGACGAUUCAAAUCUGGGUGAUGGCCCGACUAUGGUCACUCAGUUAAAACCGCCUAGGAAGACGGCAAGGAGGGUUUCCGAACAGACGCAGAGCGACACGGCCACCGAGGCGGAAGAAACUGCCGAGUCCCUCGAAGCCGAAGAUGAGGUCUACAUCCGGGAUGCAUACCUUGUCUUCCGGUCUUUCUGCAACCUAUCAACUAAGGUCCUACCGCCGGACCAGCUUUACGAUUACCGAGGCCAACACAUGAGAUCCAAACUUAUUUCACUCCACCUUAUCCGUACCCUUUUGAAUAACCACAUGCUCGUUUUUACUUCGCCCCUAUGUACCAUCACCAACACAAAAAGUAAUGAGGCGACCAGUUUUCUACAGGCCAUCAAGUUCUACCUCUGCCUUAGCAUCACCCGAAAUGGGGCCAGCUCGGUUGAUAAGGUGUUUGAGGUUUGCUGCGAAAUUUUUUGGUUGAUGUUUAAAUUCAUGCGAGCGCCGUUCAAGAAAGAGAUAGAGGUGUUUCUCAACGAGAUAUACUUGGCGCUUUUGGCUAGACGGACCGCGCCGCCCUCUCAGAAGAUCUAUUUCAUCACUAUCCUCACUAGGUUUUGCGGCGACCCUCGCGGAUUAGUCGAGACAUACCUCAACUAUGACUGCGACUCUCAUCUCGACAAUAUCUUCCAGACCAUUAUAGAAGAUCUAUCGAAGCUUGCCAUCAACCCCGUAUCUAUCACAGCUGCCCAGGAGCAACUAUACGAGGAGAAGAAUUCGAAUCCCAACAUCGGCUCAGAUUGGCAACUAAAGGGAGUAUUGCCACCACCUCUAAACGUGAGAGACAUCGUGCCUCCCAGCGAGCCCGAGCCCGAGAUACCGCGGGAAUAUGUCCUUAAGAGGGCAGCCUUAGAUUCUCUCGUUGAGGCUUUACGAUCACUUGUCAAUUGGUCUGCUGUUGGUCGUCCGGAUGUGAAUGGUACAUCGCGCGAUAAUGAUACGCGCCCUUCAGUAGACGAUAUCCGGGAGUCCAUCGACCCCUCAGCUGCCGAUAGUAACUCUCGCCUUGAAACGCCGCUACCCCCUUCUACCCCCGUUGUUGACGACGACCCGGCUCAAUUAGAGAAGGAGAAGGCUCGAAAAACAGCACUGGCUAAUGCGAUCCGUCAAUUCAACUUCAAGCCGAAAAGGGGAAUCAAGCUUCUAAUCCAGGAAGGGUUUAUUCAAAGUGACAGCCCCAAGGACAUAGCUAAGUUUCUAAUCUCAGAUGAUCGACUGGACAAGGCACAGAUUGGUGAAUAUCUAGGUGAGGGCGAGCCAAAGAACAUCGAGAUUAUGCAUGCUUUUGUCGAUACUAUGGACUUUACUCAAAGGCGCUUCGUCGAUGCCUUGCGACAAUUCCUCCAGUCGUUCCGUCUUCCUGGAGAAGCCCAGAAGAUCGAUCGAUUCAUGUUGAAAUUUGCUAAUCGCUAUGUCAUGGGCAACCCAAAUGCUUUUGCUAAUGCGGACACUGCCUACGUCCUGGCUUAUUCAGUAAUCUUGUUGAACACAGACUUGCACAGUACUAAAAUAGCUAGGCGUAUGACCAAAGAAGACUUCAUCAAGAAUAAUAGGGGUAUUAACGACAAUGCUGAUUUGCCAGACGAUUAUCUAAUCGGAAUAUACGAGGAGAUUGCGGGUAAUGAGAUAGUUCUCAAGAGCGAGCGCGAAGCCGCCGCGGCUGCAGGUAGCUUACCUGCGCAGUCAUCAGGUUUUGCUGCUGGACUUGGCCAAGCUCUCUCGAAUGUUGGUCGGGAUCUACAGCGAGAAGCAUAUGUUCAGCAAUCUGAGGAAAUCGCACUUCGCUCAGAGCAGCUUUUCAAGAACUUGUUCAAAAACCAACGGAAGAACGCCGCAAAGGCCGGAGUCAAGUUCAUCCCAGCGACGUCUUUUAGGCACGUUGGACCCAUGUUUGAUGUGACCUGGAUGUCCUUCUUCUCUGCCUUCUCAAACCAAAUGCAGAAGGCGCAAAAUUUAGAAGUAAAUAAAUUAUGCUUGGAAGGGAUGAAGCAAGCCAUAAAGAUCGCAUGCCUUUUUGAUCUGGCAACUGCGCGGGAAGCCUUCAUGUCGGCGCUGAAGAACGCCACUAACCUGAACAAUCCUCAACAGAUUCUCGCCAAAAAUGUAGAGGCAUUGCGAGUCAUCCUGGAGCUCGGACAGACAGAAGGUAACUAUCUGAAGGAGUCUUGGAAGGAUAUCCUCAUGUGCAUAAGUCAGCUGGAUCGGUUACAGCUCAUUACCGGUGGUGUCGAUGAAGGUGCCAUCCCCGAUGUAUCCAAAGCGCGCUUCAUGCCACCUGAGAGAACAAAUACAAACGACUCUCGUAAAUCGACGGCCUCUGCCCGACGCCGAAAUAGGUCUAACCCUGGGGCGAGAGGCUUUUCCAUGGAAAUCGCGCUCGAGAGCAGAUCAGACGAUGUCAUUAAGAGCGUAGACCGGAUUUUCAGCCAUACCGCAAAUCUAAAUGGCGAGGCCAUUGUCCACUUCGCCAAGGCUCUCACCGAGGUGAGCUGGGACGAAAUUAAAGUAUCAGGUUCUAACGACUCCCCGCGAACGUACAGUUUGCAAAAGAUCGUCGAAAUCAGUUACUACAACAUGACCCGUGUCCGUUUCGAGUGGACUAAUAUCUGGGUGGUUCUUGGCGAGCAUUUCAACAAGGUGGGGUGCCACAACAAUACAGCGAUCGUGUACUUUGCGCUCGACUCGCUACGGCAGCUGUCAAUGCGUUUCAUGGAGCUUGAAGAGCUUCCAGGUUUCAAGUUCCAGAAGGACUUCCUAAAGCCAUUUGAGCAUGUUAUCGCCAAUUCAAACAACUUGACUGUUAAAGAUAUGGCUCUACGUUGCUUGGUCCAGAUGAUCCAAGCCCGAGGUGAGAACAUUCGGUCUGGUUGGAGGACCAUGUUCGGUGUCUUUACUGUUGCAGCGCGGGAUCCUAACGAGACUAUCGUAAACCUGGCUUACGAAAACGUUACCCUUGUUUAUAAGACUCGGUUCGGUGUUGUCAUCUCUCAAGGAGCCUUUACAGACUUGAUAGUUUGUCUUACUGAAUUCUCGAAGAACAUCAAAUUCCAGAAAAAGAGCCUUCAAGCAAUGGAGACGCUUAAGUCGAUAAUACCAAAAAUGCUCAAAACUCCCGAAUGCCCACUGUCACAAAAGUCUAACCAAACACCUGCAUCAGAUGGUAGUCCGCUAGAGUCGCCCAGCACUGUGUCUAGGCAACAGGGCGGUACUUCAAUCGAAGAGGGCUUCUGGUUUCCGGUUUUGUUCGCAUUCCACGACGUCCUGAUGACAGGGGAAGACUUAGAAGUAAGAUCAAAUGCCCUGAAUUAUUUCUUUGAGGCCUUACUACGGUACGGUGGUGAUUUCCCGUCUGAUUUCUGGGAUAUAUUAUGGAGACAGCAGCUAUACCCGAUCUUCAUGGUACUACGGUCGAGACCGGAAAUGACCAAUGCUCUUAACCACGAGGAACUGUCUGUGUGGCUUUCGACUACCAUGAUUCAGGCACUUCGUAACAUGAUCAUCCUCUUUACACACUACUUCGAUGCCCUCGAGUACAUGUUGGAUCGCUUCCUCGAGCUGCUAGCGCUUUGCAUAUGCCAAGAAAACGAUACGAUCGCCAGGAUAGGCAGCAAUUGUCUCCAGCAAUUAAUCCUACAGAAUGUGACGAAGUUCACCGAUAGUCAUUGGGCUCAGAUCGUCGGAUCAUUCUGCGAGCUGUUCGAGAGGACAACGGCCUACCAGUUAUUCUCAGCUACCACUAUUAACGCCCCAUCUGCGCUGUCGCCACCUCCCAAUGUACUGGGUUUCGAAGUGCCUCUUACGCCUACGAGUGACUCACCCACAGACGAAAAGUCGCUGAAGAUUAAUGGCACAGAUAAGGGUAGCAUUUCAUCUGGAAUCGAAUCUGCUUCAGAUGCUACUACUCUACCCUCCCAUGCCGAAGACUCCCUACGUUCGCCGAAUGGCAAUGCUUCGUCCCGUCUUGAAGAUUAUAAACCUGCUUCUUCACUCCAGCAGCAGCCCGUAGUGGUAACGGCGGCUCGACGGCGCUUCUUUAACCGUAUCAUAUCCCGCUGCGUUCUGCAACUCCUCAUGAUUGAGACGGUUAAUGAACUCUUUUCCAAUGACACCGUCUACUCUCAGAUACCAUCUAGAGAGUUAUUGCGUUUAAUGGCGCUCCUUAAGAAAUCAUUCCUUUUCGCUAGGCGGUUCAACGAGGAUAAGGACUUACGCAUGCGCCUAUGGCGGGAGGGUUUCAUGAAGCAACCGCCCAACCUCCUGAAGCAGGAGAGUGGCUCAGCUGCCACUUAUAUCCAGAUCUUAUUCAGGAUGUUUGCCGAUACGUCGCCGUCGCGCGCAGAGAGUCGACCCGAAGUCGAGAAGGCCUUAGUACCCCUCUGCAAAGACGUCAUUAGGGGUUACUUAGCGCUGGAAGAAGAAUCGCAGCAACGAAACAUUGUCGCCUGGCGUCCAGUCGUCGUUGAUGUGCUGGAGGGCUACUCAACAUGGCCGGAAAAGGAGUUUGUCGAGCACAUCCCUUCGUUCUAUCCCUUAUUCAUUGAGUUGUUGGGCAAAGAACUCAGUGCCGAUCUGAGAGUUGCUCUGCUCGCUGUCCUGAGAAAGGUUGGCGAAGUAGGUCUCGGGAUCGAGGGAAUGUCCGGUGGCCGGCGAGAAAGUGUUGCCAGCGUUGCUAUCGGCGGGGAGACGCCAACUACGGAGUUAGAAGUCGGCGAGGUUGGUAUGGGUGGCUUAAGGGCGUGA